CCGCCUCGCCCGCCGCGCGCGCCCGUCCGGCAGCGCACGGGUUAAGGCUGGCACCGCGCCCGGCGGGAGGGGGGCGCCCACCUCCCCUCCCCCCCGCGCCGGGCAUGCGGGGCCCGCUGGGCACCGAGGAGGAGCUGCCGCGGCUGUUCGCCGAGGAGAUGGAGAACGAGGACGAGAUGUCAGAAGAAGAAGAUGGUGGCCUUGAAGGCUUCCACGGCUUCUUCCCUGCGGAGCCCGUGAGCCUUCCCAAGAAAAAGAAAUCCAAGAAGCUCAAGGAGAGCAAGUCCAAAGGGAAGCGGAAGAAGAAAGAGGGGAGCAACGAUGAGCUUUCAGAGAAUGAGGAGGAUCUGGAAGAGAAGUCAGAGAGCGAAGGCAGUGACUACUCCCCUAACAAAAAGAAGAAGAAGAAACUCAAGGACAAGAAGGAGAAAAAAGCCAAGCGGAAGAAGAAGGACGAGGACGAGGAUGACAAUGACGACGGGUGCUUAAAGGAGCCCAAGUCCUCGGGGCAGCUCAUGGCUGAGUGGGGCCUGGACGAUGUGGACUACCUGUUCUCGGAGGAGGACUACCACACCCUAACCAACUACAAGGCCUUCAGCCAGUUCCUCCGGCCGCUCAUUGCCAAGAGGAACCCGAAGAUCCCCAUGUCCAAAAUGAUGACGGUCCUAGGUGCCAAGUGGCGGGAAUUCAGUGCCAAUAACCCUUUCAAGGGCAGCUCUGCGGCAGCAGCUGCGGCGGCUGUGGCCGCAGCCGUAGAGACGGUUACCAUCGCCCCGCCACUGGCCAUCAGCCCCCAGCAGGUGCCCCAGCCAGUGCCCAUCCGCAAGGCUAAGACCAAAGAGGGCAAGGGGCCUGGAGUGAGGAAGAAGAUUAAAGGCUCCAAAGACGGGAAGAAGAAGGGCAAGGGGAAGAAGGUGGCUGGGCUCAAGUUCCGCUUUGGGGGGAUUGGUGGCAAGAGGAAGAGGGGCUCUUCGAGUGAGGAAGAUGAGCGGGAGGAGUCGGACUUGGAUAGUGCCAGCAUCCACAGCUCCUCCGUGCGCUCUGAGUGCUCUGCAGCUCUGGGCAAGAAGAGCAAAAGGCGGCGCAAGAAGAGGAGGAUUGACGAUGGUGAUGGCUAUGAGACGGACCACCAGGACUACUGCGAGGUGUGCCAGCAGGGGGGGGAGAUCAUCCUGUGUGACACCUGCCCGCGGGCCUACCACCUCGUCUGCCUCGACCCCGAGCUGGAGAAGGCUCCCGAGGGCAAGUGGAGCUGCCCGCACUGCGAGAAGGAGGGCAUCCAGUGGGAGCCGAAGGAUGACGACGAGGAGGAGGAGGAGGGCGGCUGUGAGGAGGAGGAGGACGACCACAUGGAGUUCUGCCGGGUGUGCAAGGACGGCGGCGAGCUGCUGUGCUGCGACGCCUGCCCCUCCUCCUACCACCUGCACUGCCUCAACCCGCCGCUGCCGGAGAUCCCAAACGGUGAAUGGCUCUGCCCGCGCUGUACUUGUCCCCCACUGAAGGGCAAAGUCCAGCGGAUCCUACACUGGAGGUGGACAGAGCCCCCGGCUCCCUUCACGGUGGGGCUGCCAGGACCCGAUGUGGAGCCGGGAAUGCCCCCACCCAAGCCCCUGGAGGGUAUCCCCGAGAGAGAGUUCUUUGUCAAGUGGGCUGGGCUCUCCUACUGGCACUGCUCCUGGGUGAAGGAGCUACAGCUGGAGCUCUACCACACGGUGAUGUAUCGCAACUACCAAAGAAAGAAUGACAUGGAUGAGCCGCCACCCUUUGACUAUGGCUCUGGGGAUGAGGACGGCAAGAGCGAGAAGAGGAAGAACAAGGACCCUCUGUACGCCAAGAUGGAGGAACGCUUUUACCGCUACGGUAUCAAGCCCGAGUGGAUGAUGAUCCAUCGCAUCCUGAACCACAGCUUUGACAAAAAGGGGGAUGUCCACUACCUGAUCAAGUGGAAAGACCUGCCCUAUGACCAGUGCACCUGGGAGAUUGAUGACAUCGACAUCCCCUACUAUGACAACCUGAAGCAGGCCUACUGGGGCCACAGGGAGCUGAUGCUGGGAGAGGACGCCAGACUGCCCAAGCGGCUGAUCAAGAAGGGCAAGAAGCUGAAGGAUGAUAAGCAGGAGAAGCCGCCAGACACGCCCAUUGUGGACCCCACGGUCAAGUUCGACAAGCAGCCGUGGUACAUCGACUCCACAGGUGGCACGCUGCACCCCUACCAGCUGGAGGGCCUCAACUGGCUGCGCUUCUCCUGGGCACAGGGCACUGACACCAUCCUGGCCGACGAGAUGGGCCUGGGCAAGACAGUGCAGACCAUCGUGUUCCUGUACUCCUUGUACAAAGAGGGCCACUCCAAGGGGCCCUACCUGGUCAGUGCGCCCCUGUCGACCAUCAUCAACUGGGAACGUGAGUUCGAGAUGUGGGCACCCGACUUCUACGUGGUCACCUACACGGGGGACAAGGAGAGCCGCUCUGUGAUCCGCGAGAACGAGUUUUCCUUUGAGGAUAAUGCCAUUCGGAGUGGGAAGAAAGUGUUCCGCAUGAAGAAGGAAGUGCAGAUCAAGUUCCACGUCCUCCUCACCUCCUACGAGCUCAUCACCAUCGACCAGGCCAUCCUGGGCUCCAUCGAGUGGGCCUGCCUCGUGGUGGACGAGGCCCACCGGCUCAAGAACAACCAGUCCAAGUUUUUCAGGGUCUUGAACAGCUACAAGAUCGAUUACAAGCUGCUGCUGACGGGGACGCCCCUUCAGAACAACCUGGAGGAGCUCUUCCAUCUCCUCAACUUCCUGACUCCAGAGAGGUUCAACAACCUGGAGGGUUUCCUGGAGGAGUUUGCCGACAUCUCCAAGGAGGACCAGAUCAAGAAGCUGCACGACCUGCUGGGGCCCCACAUGCUCCGGCGGCUCAAGGCCGACGUUUUCAAGAACAUGCCGGCCAAGACGGAGCUGAUUGUCCGCGUGGAGCUGAGCCAGAUGCAGAAGAAGUACUACAAGUUCAUCCUCACGCGGAACUUCGAGGCGCUGAACUCCAAGGGGGGCGGGAACCAGGUGUCCCUGCUCAACAUCAUGAUGGACCUGAAGAAGUGCUGCAACCACCCCUACCUCUUCCCUGUGGCUGCAGUGGAGGCCCCUGUGUUGCCCAAUGGCUCCUAUGAUGGCAGCUCCCUGGUGAAGUCUUCGGGGAAGCUCAUGCUGCUGCAGAAGAUGCUCAAGAAGUUGCGUGAUGAGGGGCACCGUGUGCUGAUCUUCUCUCAGAUGACCAAGAUGCUGGACCUUCUAGAAGAUUUCCUGGAAUACGAGGGCUACAAAUAUGAGCGGAUUGAUGGUGGCAUCACCGGGGGCCUCCGGCAAGAAGCCAUCGACAGAUUCAACGCCCCUGGGGCCCAGCAGUUCUGCUUCCUCCUCUCGACCCGGGCGGGUGGCCUGGGCAUCAACCUGGCCACGGCAGACACGGUCAUCAUCUACGACUCAGACUGGAACCCGCACAAUGACAUCCAGGCCUUCAGCCGUGCCCACCGCAUUGGCCAGAACAAGAAGGUCAUGAUCUACCGCUUCGUGACCCGGGCCUCUGUGGAGGAGCGCAUCACGCAGGUGGCCAAGCGCAAGAUGAUGCUCACCCACCUGGUGGUGCGUCCGGGCCUGGGCUCCAAGUCGGGGUCCAUGACCAAGCAGGAGCUGGAUGACAUCCUCAAGUUCGGCACCGAGGAGCUCUUCAAGGACGACGUGGAGGGUAUGAUGUCGCAGGGCCAGAGGCCUGUAACGCCCAUCCCUGACGUGCAGCCCUCCAAAGGGGGAGCCCUGGCUGCCAGCGCAAAGAAAAAACACGGCAGCACCCCGCCAGGUGACAACAAGGACGUGGAGGACAGCAGUGUGAUCCACUAUGAUGAUGCGGCCAUCUCCAAGCUGCUGGACCGGAACCAGGAUGCCACCGACGACACGGAGCUACAGAACAUGAAUGAGUACCUCAGCUCCUUCAAGGUGGCGCAGUACGUGGUGCGCGAAGAGGAUGGCGUGGAGGAGGUGGAGCGGGAGGUGAUCAAGCAGGAGGAGAAUGUGGACCCCGACUACUGGGAGAAGCUGCUGCGGCACCACUAUGAGCAGCAGCAGGAGGACCUGGCCCGCAACCUGGGCAAGGGCAAGCGCAUCCGCAAGCAGGUCAACUACAAUGACGCGUCCCAAGAGGACCAGGAAUGGCAGGAUGAGCUCUCAGACAACCAGUCUGAGUAUUCCAUUGGCUCCGAGGACGAGGACGAGGACUUCGAGGAAAGACCAGAAGGGCAGAGUGGCCGGCGGCAGUCCAGGAGGCAGCUGAAAAGUGACAGGGACAAGCCUCUGCCCCCUCUUCUUGCUCGAGUUGGUGGCAACAUUGAGGUCCUGGGCUUCAAUGCCCGACAGCGGAAGGCCUUUCUGAAUGCCAUCAUGCGCUGGGGCAUGCCGCCCCAGGAYGCCUUCAACUCCCACUGGCUGGUGCGAGACCUCCGCGGGAAGAGUGAGAAGGAGUUUAGAGCCUAUGUGUCCCUCUUCAUGCGGCACCUGUGUGAGCCGGGGGCGGACGGCGCGGAGACCUUUGCGGACGGCGUGCCCCGCGAGGGCCUCUCCAGGCAGCACGUGCUCACGCGCAUCGGGGUCAUGUCACUGGUUAGGAAGAAGGUCCAGGAGUUUGAGCACGUCAAUGGGAAGUACAGCACGCCGGACCUGGUCCCCGAGGGACCRGAGGGCAAGAAGCCUGGAGAGGUCAUCUCCUCGGACCCCAACACGCCGGUGCCUGCCAGCCCUGCCCAUCUCCCCCCAGCCCCACUGGGCUUGCCAGACAAAAUGGAAACCCAGCUGGGCUUCGUGGAUGAGAAGGAGCCGAUGGUGCAGAAGCCAAAGAAGCCCUUGGACGUCCAGGCCCUGUCAACUGCCCUGGACCGAGGGGAGGGCGAGGACAAGCACGAGAGCUCAGACAACAAGGAGAGAGCCCGAGAGGAGCGGCCAGAGGAGGUGGAGAAGGCCCAGCCCUCCCCGGAGCAGCUGCCCAAAGAGGAAGUGCCUCCUGAGAAGGAGAGAGCUCUGGAUAAGCUGGAGCUAGGCUUGAGUCACAGCAGAGGGGACGGCAGCGACUGCAGGCCAGAUGACCCCAAAGCUGAGGAGAAGGAGCCCGCUGAGACUCAGCAAAACGGUGACAGAGAGGAGGACGAUGAGGGGAAGAAGGAAGAGAAGAACGGGAAGUUCAAGUUCAUGUUCAACAUUGCCGACGGGGGCUUCACGGAGCUGCAUACCUUGUGGCAGAAUGAGGAACGUGCCGCCGUGUCCUCGGGAAAGAUCUAUGACAUCUGGCACCGGCGCCAUGACUACUGGCUGCUGGCGGGCAUCGUGACGCAUGGCUAUGCCCGCUGGCAGGACAUCCAGAAUGACCCGAGGUACAUGAUCCUCAACGAGCCCUUCAAGUCUGAGAUCCACAAGGGCAACUACCUGGAGAUGAAGAACAAGUUCCUGGCCCGAAGGUUCAAGCUGCUGGAGCAGGCGCUGGUCAUCGAGGAGCAGCUCCGGAGGGCCGCGUACCUCAACAUGACCCAGGACCCCAACCACCCGGCCAUGGCCCUCAACGCCCGUCUGGCCGAGGUGGAGUGCCUUGCCGAGAGCCACCAGCACCUGUCCAAGGAGUCCCUUGCCGGGAACAAGCCUGCCAACGCUGUCCUGCACAAGGUCCUGAACCAGCUGGAGGAGCUGCUGAGUGACAUGAAGGCAGAUGUGACGCGCCUGCCCUCCAUGUUGUCACGCAUCCCCCCGGUGGCUGCCCGCUUGCAGAUGUCGGAGCGCAGCAUCUUGAGCCGCCUGACCAACCGUGCCGGGGACCCCACCAUCCAGCAGGGCGCUUUUGGCUCCUCCCAGAUGUACAACAACAACUUUGGGCCCAACUUCCGGGGCCCUGGACCGGGAGGGAUUGUCAACUACAACCAGAUGCCCCUAGGGCCCUAUGUGACCGAUAUCUAGCCGUCCCUGUGACUUCCCCCUGUUGCAGCGCUCAUUUCCAGCUGAGCCACACUUACCGGGCCACCUGCCUGACCCCCACGGGAGAGAAAAGCUGCUGCCUUUUUAGAACUGUGCCACCUUGGGACAAAAGGGAAAUGGAGAAGUGCCAUCAUCUCACAGAGAACGAGGCCUAGCCUGGCUGGCCAGAGCCCAGAGUGCCACCUCGUCGUAAUUGAGUUSUUCCACACAGCGUCACACCCACUGCCAUGCUGGACAUGCCCUCUCGCCACCUUUUCCAGACGACUUCCUAGAGAGAUUUCAUUUAUCUGUACAUCUUUUGCACUUUCCUAUUGAAGAUUCGGAUGAAUUUGUCUUGAUAAAAGUUGGAUGACGUAUGG